AGUAUUCCGUAUAUGUUCCUUCACAAUCACAACUCAUAAAGAAACCCAUAACCACCUUGCGUUUCUUUCUCUUCCCCCAUGGAAACCAUUUUUUCUUCUUUUCCUUCUCUUGAUUCUAGGCUUUUGAACCCUUCUCUUCCCCUCCCCCGCCGUCCGCGAUGGCCCAGAAUGGGCUCCUCCGUCCCCCACCACCGUACCAGCCAAAGCAAGAUCAAACUCAUCGUCCUCAUGGGUGCUACCGGUUCCGGGAAAUCCCUUCUGUCCAUCGACUUAGCGAGCCAUUUCCGCCACUCUCAGAUCGUGAACUCGGACAAAAUGCAACUUUUCAGCGGGUUGGAUAUAACCACCAACAAGAUCCCUCUAGACGAAAGGAAAGGGUUGCCGCACUUUCUUCUGGGCGAGUUCCACUCGAUCGAAGCCGACGUGGCGGCGUCGCAGUUCCGUUCUGUCGCCGGUUCGACCAUCGUCGACAUUGCCUCGCGUGGGAACUUGCCGCUUCUCGUUGGUGGGUCCAACACUUUCAUUCAUGCUCUCCUUGUGGAAACCUUUGACCCCGAAGAGGACGUGUUUGCCGAGUCGGGCUACCCGAGUCACGUGUUGAGGUAUGACUGCUGUUUCCUGUGGGUCGACAUGGCGUGGUCGGUACUCACUGAGUACCUAUGCAAAAGAGUCGAUGAAAUGCUUGACUCGGGGAUGUUCGAGGAGUUGGCUCAGUUCUAUGAUCCAACCAAAGCGGGUGUCAAGGUCGGGUUACGGAAAGCAAUCGGAGUACCCGAAUUCGAUGCAUAUUUCAGGAAGUACCCGCCGUGGGAAAGCCCGAAAAACGGCGUCGUUCCCGGGAAGGACAGUGACCCGAUCCAAAGGGAAGCUUACGAGGAAGCCGUAAGGGAGAUCAAAGAUAACACGUGUCGAUUGGCAAACAGACAGAUAGGAAAGAUUCUACGGCUGAAAGAGGCCGGAUGGGACCUCGCUAGAUUAGACGCAACGGCCACGUUUCAAGUAUUGAUGAAGAAAAAGCAGCCGCCGGCUUCGGUGGAGGCGGAGUUAGAAUGGAGGGAGAUUUGGGAAAGGGAAGUGAUGGAACCAAGCGUGAAGAUUGUGAAGCGAUUUUUGGAGGAGUAGGUUUUCCAACUAAUUUAUUCUUUAUUUCAUUAAAAAAAA